CCUGCCACAUUACCAGGCAGUCUCAAUCCCGACGUUUGCAGCUUUAAUUGUUAUGAGCGGCCGCUGAACAGAUAGGUGGAGGUGACGAAGCGCUGCCUUUUACAGAAAAUAAACAUCGUAGAUUUUGCGCGACAAACAGCGAAAAUAACGAAGUGCAUCGAGUCCCACACGGCGCAGACGGAGCUGGCUGCCCUCCAUCCUGACUCCGAUUCACUUGCUGCGCAGCCAUGGCAACAGAGGAGAAGAAACCCGAAACCGAAGCCGCUAAAUCGCAGUUGGCGUCGUCUGCCUCGGCGAGUCAAAGCAAGUCCGCACCAGUGAAGCCAAACUACAGCCUCAAGUUCACACUCGCUGGCCACACAAAAGCCGUGUCUUCUGUCAAAUUCAGCCCAAGUGGGGAAUGGCUGGCCAGCUCUUCUGCUGACAAACUCAUCAAAAUAUGGGGAGCAUAUGAUGGGAAGUUUGAGAAAACAAUAGCUGGACACAAACUUGGUAUCUCAGAUGUGGCCUGGUCCUCAGACUCCAAUCUGCUGGUCUCAGCAUCAGAUGACAAGACCCUAAAAAUUUGGGAUGUCAGCUCGGGAAAAUGUUUAAAAACAUUAAAGGGCCACAGCAACUACGUCUUCUGUUGCAACUUCAACCCACAGUCCAAUCUCAUUGUUUCAGGAUCAUUUGAUGAGAGUGUGCGGAUAUGGGAUGUGAAGACAGGGAAGUGUUUGAAGACGUUACCAGCCCAUUCUGACCCAGUUUCUGCGGUCCAUUUCAACAGAGAUGGUUCUCUAAUUGUAUCCAGCAGUUAUGAUGGUCUCUGUCGGAUCUGGGACACAGCAUCUGGACAGUGUCUUAAAACACUUAUUGAUGACGACAACCCACCAGUGUCCUUUGUGAAGUUCUCCCCAAAUGGCAAAUACAUCCUGGCCGCCACCCUGGAUAACACCCUGAAGCUUUGGGACUACAGUAAAGGAAAGUGCUUAAAGACCUACACUGGGCAUAAGAAUGAGAAGUACUGCGUGUUUGCCAAUUUCUCAGUCACGGGUGGUAAGUGGAUUGUCUCUGGUUCAGAAGACAGCAUGGUGUACAUCUGGAACCUACAGACUAAGGAGAUUGUUCAGAAGCUGCCGGGACACACUGAUGUGGUUAUAUCAACAGCAUGCCACCCAACAGAGAACAUAAUUGCUUCUGCAGCGUUGGAAAACGACAAAACCAUUAAACUUUGGAAGAGCGACUGUUAAGCCCCUGAGAUGCUUGAGAAUUCAUGGCUCCUGAUAAUGAAGAGAGGACCUGAGCAGGAAAGUUUCAGCUUCAGCUGUGGGUAGAUGUCAGGCCCCGGGACACCAGGCCUUGCUGCAAAGGGCUAGGCCAAGCUGUCUGUGUGAAGUCCCCAUCUUCUCUCCCACCACUUUCACCAACACACCCUCCCCACCUUGAAGACUAUGUCCUGCACCUCCCUCAAAGCCUUAUUUUCUCUGUGCAAAAAAAGGAUUUUGUGUCAUUCAUUAAAUUCUUAGUUGUCAACUGUUCUGCUAAAAUUCACUUAGCUUCUUCAAGCUUUGACCAAUAUACUGAUUGUAUAGAUGUUGGUAGUUUGAACUCCAGUAGCUUUGCUAGUGUGGGAGACUCAGUCAUUUCAGCAGCCUGAACUCCUCCCUUUCAACUAAAAGUGUACAUUACCUUGGGAUUUUUGUAUUAACUAUAUAUAGACAUCUUGUAUGUUUAAUAUAUGGCUUGGCAAAUUAAGCAAGGUUACAAAACUUGUCUACAGGAGCUGGCACUGUUCUUUGGCAUUUAAAUAUGCCAAAUCAAUUGACUCAUUCAAAAAAAUUCAAUUUUUUUCCCCCCCAAUUUCAAGCAUGUCUGUGUAUUAAACAUUCCUGUGCAGGCAUACAAAUUUGACAUUUCUGGGUCUAGUGCUCUGACUACCUAUAGAAUUCUUUCCUUUGGUGGCUGAAAAUGACCAAAUGUUGGAUUUUUCCAGAAAUAAAUUUUCACAAUAGUGGAGCUACAGCCCAAAUGAAAGUAUGGUAUUUUUCUCUUGUCAGUGUAAUCAAGAAAGCAGGUCAUAUCGCGAUUCUCUUCAAGUAACACUGUGGAACAGUGUGUAGCGGUGUGAGCUGGGGCACUGCAUUGUUCAGAGUACCCUCACAACUCUGUAUGCAUUUCAUUGUAAUGUGUGGUAUUUUUCCUUUGUGUGUAGCGGAACUUUCUCUUCAAUAACAAAAGAAAACUUGCAGCAAAUACAAAUUUGUAGAAAUUCUACAUGAAUCUGUCUCACAGCAUCUUGCCUGCUUCACAAUGUACAUUGUAAAAUCUGUGAGGUAUGAAGGUUGCUUCUCUUGUCCAUGGUUGUUUGUGUAGCAGUGACCACUUUUCUAUGUUUCUGAUGUAAAAAAAAAAAAUAGAUUUGAUUAAACUUU